AUGUCUUUUUCUGGCAGCAGGAGAGUCUUGUUUUCUACUACUCUGCUGGCGCUGUUGAUUAUCUCGGUGUUGCAGAUUUGGGUCUGGUGCGAAUACUCAUGCCAAGCCGGGGCAAUUCGGAUUCUUCCGGGAAAUGGAAUAGCAAAGGCCAUGAAGGUCAGCAGCCAUGGCGGCCGAAUGGUUAAGAAGAGCAGCAAGGAGGAUCUGGUUCGAAAGUAUUUCAAUGGCAGAACUGACAACCGAUUCGAGGAGAACAAACGUAAAGUACCCAGUUGCCCAGAUCCUCUCCACAACUAG